UCAACUUUUUUUCUCUUGAUUCCGAAUUAUGAAAGUUUCUCUCUAAAAAAGGAAACGGUUGAGCUUUUGCAAUCAAAGUCCUUAACCUAGUUGAAUCUUAAAAUCCAGAUCUUGAGCCUUCACAAGCUUUUCAAAGUUCAAGCUGGUUUGGUUUCUCUAACACUUGUUCAAUAGCUUUGCUUUGAAUUUUGACUUUGUUUGACUUGACAGUGACUAUAUAGUCUCCAAUUUUGAGUUGAAAAGCAUGGUAUUAGUUUAUUGUUUGUAUUUGCUUUUGAUUUUUAUGAUUAUUCUAUAAUAAUAGUGGAUAAUGUAUUGGGGUUGGUGGAGUUAAUUAGUAUUCUUUCAGUGUUUGUUUCAUUGAUUAUAUGAUAAGAAGACUUGGAUUGAAAGAUCUUGUUUGUUGGGAGUUUCUUCAUAGAUUUGAAGAUGUUGUUCUCUCUGUCAUUAGAUCAGAUUCAAAGUUCAUGAGUUAUCUACCUUCUGUUUUGGCAACUGCUACAAUGAUUCAUGUUUUCAACAGUGUUGACCCUAGUUUAGGAGAUGAAUACAAAAACCAGCUUCUUGGUAUUCUUGGAAUCAACAAAGAAGAAGUGGAUGAAUGUGGGAAGCUGAUGAUGAAAGUGUGGAGAGAAUAUGAAGAGAAUGAGAAUGGAUUCAACAAACGUAAGUUUGGGUCAAUUCCAAGUAGUCCAAACGGUGUAAUUGAUGUGUCAUUUAGCUGUGAAAAUUCCAAUGAUUCAUGGGCUAUAUGAGCAACAGUUUCAGUAUCAUCUUCACCAGAGCAUUUGUCAAAGAGGAUCAAACUUAAGAACAGUUUCUAUUAAACUAUUCAUAGUUAAUUUCAACUUUCUAAUUUCAUAAUGCAAAGAGGAAAAAAAAAGAAAAAUAGUCUUUUUUAUUAUGAAGUACUGUGUUUUUUUUUUUUGAGGGAGAAGUUAAAAUGCUGAGUAUGUCUAUUGAGUCUUCUCAGUGAUGGAGAUAUUGAUGUAUUCUAUGAC